CCUGACUCAAAGAGUGUUUGCCCCCUCUGGUGGCCCUAGUAGGGGCUGUGCCCCUGAAAGAGGCAGCAGAGGGGGCAGCUUCUGAUGCAGAAGGUAACAGAGCCUGGAGAGUUGAGUUAGAGGAGAUAAGAAGAUUAGGGUGCAGAUGAACAGCAAGCCUGAUUUAAGACUUCCUUUCUUAUUGGUAGCUGCACCAGGAAUAAAACUGAAGAGGACUUACAUCUGCUACUAGGGACAUACCAACACAACCUUUUCUCCAUAUGGGGCCACAUACUCAACUUCAUCCUGUGGGUAUGACCACCUAUUCUCCUCUUCCAUGGUACCUACCUCUCUUCCUCCUUCUCCUUGCUCUCCCUUGGAUCCAGGGAGCCUUGAAAGACUCUUCUCAGCUCUCCUGCUUCUAUAACUCAAGAGCCAACAUCUCUUGCACCUGGAGCCCAGACCCUGCCCUGAAGACUGAGCGAUGCCGUAUCUAUUCCAAGUCCAAGCUACGAACACAGAACCGAAGCUGUGAGCUUCUCUGCGUGCGGCCAACACUGUGUACCUGUGACUUAAUCUUAGGAGGAAUCAAUAGUCAGUCUCUGACUGUUGCUGAUGUCCUGGUCAUGACGGUGAGCUGCCUUAUUGGGGAAAAGAGGAUGGUGAUGGAAGAUGAAUUCAUACCCUUUCAGAACAUCCGACUGAUGGCCCCCAGUGACCUCUGCCUCAUCCAGCAAGAAGAACACACCUAUAAGGUGUCCUGGGAAGUACCUGUAUGUUCACACUACCUGAAUGGAAGCCUAAUGUUUGAGGCUAGAUAUCAGGUUCAAGGAAGCUCCUGGGAGAAAGCCACUGUGCUGCCCAUAAAGCAAGACCAGAGGUGGAUCUCCAUUGAAAACCUUGCUCCUGACACAACAUAUGAGUUCCAGGUCCGAGGCAAACCAAAAAAAGACGGGACUUUGGCAGUCUGGAGUCCCUGGAGCCAGUCCCUCAUCUUCCAGACAAAACCACAAGUGUCCACCUUCAAGAUGUUCCACUUAAUUAUGAGUCUAUGUGGCAUCGUUGGCAUCUUCCUUGUGAUUCUUCUGGUGCCCAAGCAGUACCCACAGAAAUGGCUGAAGAAGGUUCUAAAAUGUCACAUUCCUGACCCUUCCAAAUUCUUUUCCUCGUUGAGCACAGAGCAUGGAGGAGAUUUCCAGAAGUGGCUUUCCUCUCCUUUCCCCACUGCCUCCUUUACCACCAGCAUUUUGGCCCCAGAAAUCUCUCCACUGGAGGUGAUGCAGAAGGAAGAUCUAAACCUGGGUUUGUUGCUCUCCAAGGAGCUGGUUCCAGCCUAUAGGUCCUCAGACACCAGCGGUCAGUCCCUCUCCAGCUGCUUCACCAACCAGGGUUACUUUUUCUUCCACCUCCCUGAUGCUCUGGAGGUUGAGUCCUGCCAGGUGUAUUUCACCUAUGAGCCUUUCAGUGAGGAAGAAGAGAACAAAGAGGAAGGGGGGCAGGGCUCCCUGGUGCCCCAGCUACCCCCUGGAGGUCCUGAGGAUGACUCAUACUGCACAUUUCCCCCUGGAGAUGACAUGAUCCUCUUCUCCCCCAGGCUCUUACAGGGCCCUGGGAAUAACCUGGGACUCCAAAGUAUCUCCUUCUCAGGAAAAGAGGACAAGAAGGAAACUUCACCACCUGAAGAAGGCACAGCCACUGCCCCAUCCUGUGACCAACCCAGUUUCUCAAGAUUCCAGAAUUCCUUGGAUUCAAGACCUGAAUCAACCCAGGAUGAGGGCCUUCCCCUAGAUCCUGAGUCAGGACCUGCCUCUCCCUUUCCCUGGGAUAUUCCCCCUGUACCAGACCAGACUCAUGCUGUCUUAUCUUCCUACCCAAUUAUGAACACUGGUGCCUACCUCUCCCUGGGAGAACUUCAAAACCAUGGCCAUUCAGCCUGAGUAGACAGACUUCUCCAAGAGAGGAUAGGGAUAAGAGGCAGGGAAGAUCCCCAAGGCUCAAAAUAACUCCUCAACAAUGUAGCAAGAAAAGCUAUUUGUAAGCAAAAGGUUGAAUUUGGCUGCAGAGGACUGGGCUUCACAGCCUGCCUUUAUUCCUUACUACCUCCAUGACCUUGAAUAAGUCACUCUAACUUUGUGAGCAUCAGUUUUCUCAUUUGUAAAAUGAAGGCCAUACAAAACAAUAGCAAUCAUAGAUGAUUAAAAUACAUAAACAUGACUUAACCCCGAUUGCCUCACCAAAAAAAACCCCCAAAAC